AUGGAGAAAGCUCAGCGUGGCUAUGAGCUUAAAACAGAGGCCCAAGACUCCACCAUGAUCACUUGUCAAUGCGCCAUGCCAUCAUGUAAGCAUGUUAAAUUACUGCUAAAUAAGUAAUUUCUCCUCUCUCUCUCUCGAUACUUUUUAAAGUAAACAGACGAGAAGAUUAUCAACUAAGAGGUUGACUCGGUGUAGCACUGAAUUCAUUGGAUAACUUGAAUAUAGAGAAAAUGUAGCCAUUCGGAAAGGAGAAGAAGAAAACAGAUUAGUAAAGAUGACUACUUUUAAGAACUUUAAAUUACGCUGUUAUACAUUGAAAUUUUUUUUGAAGUAUUUUCAUUUUAAAUAGUUUUGAGAUAGACCAUUAUUUACCGUAGACGUUGGUAAAAGUCUUGGUGGGCUUAAUCUCAUCCCGCGGUGAAAAAAAGAAGGGGGGAGGUACCUUAUUACGGUACAUUGCAAAUGUUCUGUUUAUUUCCCUACGGCCCACUCUAUUGAAGCACUUGGCCUCCAUGUUUUCAACGCAGCAGUAACAAUGUAACUACUUUUAUCCACCUCAUUUUGCAAAGCUAUCACAUUCAGGCGAAUUGAUUUUUGUUUUGUUUUGUGUUUUCCAUUUAAGACGAUUCAGAGAAAAAGAAGUGAAAGACCAACCAAUGGUGAGACACGAUGACAACGAUGACGUUGAUAACCGGUGUAUACACGCGGUUCUUAGAUACAUAGUCCAGCAGAAAAAUUGUGUAGAAACAGACUAACACGUAGAGGUGUAUGAAUGUAGUGAAGCGUAAUAAAAGUGCAGAUCUCUUGAGAAUCAAAUACCGACUUGAUUAUUCAUCAGUUUUUAUUGCUCUCCUCCUUCUCUCUUCCCACAUUCCCUUUUAAGAUUACCAAGUUCCAUCCUUUCUACCACCUUGCGUCCGUCCACUCCCUUCUCACCCAUCUCUAUAUUCUCCAUGCCUCAUUUUCCUCCCGGUCUGCUCCUUCCCUCCUCCCUCCCGUUCCUCUUUCCCUCCCAUUCCUCCCCCUCUACCCUCCCUCCUCUUUCACUCCUUCUCCAUCUGCCACUUCUUUUGGCCUCCUCUUUCCCUCUCCUUCCUCUCUCCACCCACUCCUCCCCCAUCCUACCUUUCUUUACCUUUUAUCCCCUUUCUCCUUCUGUCCCAUUCCCUUCUCUUUAGACUUUUCCCCUUCUAUCCUGAUGUUCUCUGUUUAUAAGUCUAAGUCUACUUCAUCGCACAACUUGAAGAAACCCCUUUUAUUGGGUAAACCUGAAAUAUUCUGUAAGAAGAGGAAAGGAAGGUGAGUAUUCAACAAUCCUUGCAGGUUCAUGUUGCCGCAAUCAUCAGCGGUUGAUCAAACAAACAUAUAAACAUUCACACAACUUUUAAAAAACUAACGCAGUCCGAAUGCCUUUCCAAGUAUCAAACAGAACUAUAUCCACUUUUUUUGGUUCAAUUAUCUCUUUGUCUUCUGUAACAAGUCUACGUUGCUCACGAAAGCUGAACGUCAGAAUAAAGCAAAUGAAUGUAAGUCUUUUUUACCUUAUAUUUUGCCCUACGUCUCUUAUCACUUUAAGUUAGCGGUAAGUAAAAUAAAUUUAGAAAUUACGCCUUUUUUCAGAGAUAAAAGCAUUUACGUGGUCAAUCAGUUGUUUAAGUUAUUGAUCUUUUAUAAGCAGCCUUCUAGGUCGAUAAACCGAUGUAGACACAGUGAAGGAUCCAGGGGAAGAAUCCGAUAGGUACGCACCCCCCUACCCCUAGACCUGAGUAUGAAACGAAAACUCUUCAGACAGGAUUGCAUAUAACUACCAACUUAAAGUAUAAAUCUUGGAAAAUUCACCAGCUUAUUUAGGUAACUAUAGAAAGGGAAACAUAAAAGAAACAAAUUCCUCUUCUUCUGAAUCAGAUUUUGAAACCCCCCCCCCCCUCCCAUACAAAAAUUCCUAGCUCUGCCCUCGAUAGACUGCAUAUACUACAUAACUUCAAACAGAGUUACUCGUCUGAUUGAUAUAUAAUUACUGAUAGCGAUUACAUUUUAAUUUCAAUUAAAAACAGUAGAUAUUCAAUUAAGAUUUUGUUAAAAUUGAUCGCAAAUAGAAAUAUCUAAAUAAAUUUCGGAAAUAAAAGAGGCAAAAAAUAAUUGUUUUUAUCUUACAGAGAAUCAAGCGAUAUGAUGAUCAGUAGGGAAAAAACCCAAACUAAAAACUAAUACCUUGAAGUAAAAUAUAUACCAAAGCGUAUUCCCAACAACAGGAAGAAAAAGAAAGUACUCAAUCAUCUUUUCAUCUUUUUCCCUGAAAAGAUUGAGUAGGCACGCUCUUUUCGGAAAUAGCUCGAUAAUAUACCCACUCUAUAUCUUGAAUAAAGUAACUGCUUAAUUGACUUUGUUUCAUUGAGGGAAAUAACACAUACGUUUAUCUACUGUAUUGUCUUACAUUCUACGGCUCUAGAAAAUAGCUUUCUUAUGGUACUAUUUAUAAAGUUUGCCAAUUGUAAUGCCAGAAUUCAUCAAGGUAUUUAAACCUUCUUUUUUCCGCUUUUUUCGUCAAUUGGAAACAGUCCCAAAACAAACUAAUCCUGUGUAUUGCUGAAAACAUAUCUCUGACUGCAGGUUUGAAAGGAAAUGAAUAAAUAAUAAUUUACAAGACAAGUCGGCUUUGUUGAAAGAGUCAAUUGGGAAGCUUCUAUUGUAAGGCGCUGAUAUCUCCUAGGAAACUAAAUAUUCAUAAUUACUUCACAUCCUUUAACGUAAGUGGAUAGAUGAGCAAUAGAUACAUAACGGAUAUUAUCUGUUAAAAAGAAGAACAAAAUCAGAAAUCGAACAGUUAUUUGUGGACAGGCCACUGAAAUUCACCUUCGGGAACAGUUUGAAAGAAGGUAAGACGGUGAGGCAUCUUUGUGCACGACAAAAUUUCAUUUUUCCUUUCGUUUAUUCCUAAGAUUUCUUUUUGACUUACUUUAAGUUACAUUGAGACUACAUUUGAAACAAUUUCCGUAUUAAAACUGACACAUAUAUUUCUUUAUUACUGAAAUUCUAGAUGAAAAUCCCAUUUAUUUCGAUAGCAAAACUCAAUGUUUCGGCAAAAAAAUUAUCCCCGUUUUAUCGUAAUACGAAUGACCUUAGUUCUGGAGCAAGUUCUAUCCCAAAUUUACCCGUUACUUCGUCACACAUUUACAAGUCUCUUUAACAUUGUAGUGAACUUUGUGAAGCCGUUACGCCUUAACUAUGAGCAGAAGUACGCUCUUGGAUAGCCAUUUUUAAUCAAAUUCUGCAAAGUACCUUUUUCUGACAGGAGUUUAUCCAGUUUACCUGGCUUUAGCAAAAGAAUCUUCACAAAGAUAUUUGAGUCGCAGUCUAGUUCUUUGAAUAAAGAAUCAAGUUAAACGAAUGAAUAGAUGAAAAUAUAAAAUGGAUGGGUUGAUGGAUCAGUUCAUCGACAGAUAAAACAAAACUUUAUUUAACCACGGUAGCUUUGAUCAAAAAGUACAACAUCUUGCACUUUCGAAAAGCCUUAAACUACAAAAUCACGAUUAAGUCUUUAGAGCAUUUACAAGUUUAAAAUCAGUAUUUGAAAAAUAAAUCUACUAAUUUUCUAUAUUAUAAUCUAAUUGUUAUAUUUAGAAUCUAUAGUGAGAUUGAGAGAAUCUAAUUGGUUUUAAUAAAGAUCAAUGUCUGGAUAGAUGAUUGGAUGACUGAAUACAUGAAUGAAUAAAUAGAUAAAUGAAUGAAUGAAAAAAUUAUCAAAGGAAAGAUGAAUGCAUGUCUGGAAUGAAUUAUGAAUAAACAGAUUAAUGAGUGAAUUAAUGAAUGAAUGAAAAAUGAAAAAAAUGGAUAUAUGGAUUAAUGGAUGAUUGUCGGGACUGAUGAAAGAAUAAGCAAAUGCGGUGAAUAAGUAAAUGAGUGAAGUGAUCUUCAUUGGCUCAUUUCACAACACUUUUUUUUAUAUCCAUAAAGAUAAACCAGGAUCAACCAAACCAGCGGCAUGAAGACUCUUCUAACCGUCCUCCUGUUUUUCACAUUGGCUGCCUUACUCCUGCCCUCGGGAGAGGCGAUCCUUCGCGGGGGCCGAGAUGUGAUUCCGCAUGAGAAAACUGAACGAGAAGCAGAUGCAUUGUAUGACUUCCUGGAAAGAGCCAGGAAAGUAACCUCGUUAUCACAAGCGAAAUAA